UGUAUUUUGAAAGUUAUUUUGGCAUUUUUCUAUUGGAGCUAUUACCAUUUUUUCAUUGGGAAAGUUAUUUUGGCAUGUCCUACUGGAGCUAUUACCAUAUUUUCCUAGGUAACACCGGAGGUCUGAGAGAAUAGCACAUUUGACCCCAACACCAUAUCCCAAUCACAUGUAUCUAUCUGCUCAGUGCUCACCUACACUCAGCAUAAAUAAUUUAUUUCCUCAUGUUUCCUUAACGUCGCAACUUCUUAAAAAACUAUCCUAGCUAGAGAGAGAGAGAGAGAGAGGAUAGUGAAACUGUGAAAGUGAAAGAGCUUAGAAACAAAACCUGGUUAGGCUUGAGAUGGGUUGGUGGUGGUGGAGACUGUAUUGGGGGCUUGUGGUGGUCAUAAUGAUGGAUUGUGGUGGCCAUGCUGAAGGAGGAGAAGUCACAUACGAUGGAAGGUCUCUCAUCAUUGAUGGGCAGAGAAAAAUGCUCUUUUCGGGUUCAAUUCACUAUCCUCGUAGCACUCCUCAGAUGUGGCCAUCUUUGAUAGCUAAAGCUAAGGAAGGAGGAUUGGACGUCAUUCAAACUUAUGUGUUUUGGAACCUUCAUGAGCCACAACCUGGUCAAUAUGAUUUCAAUGGAAGAUAUAAUCUAGUGCAAUUCAUCAAGGAAAUCCAAGCACAGGGGUUAUAUGCUUGCCUUAGGAUUGGACCUUUCAUUGAGAGUGAAUGGAAUUAUGGGGGGUUUCCGUUUUGGUUGCAUGAUGUCCCUGGUAUUGUUUAUAGAUCAGACAAUGAGCCAUUCAAGUUCUGCAUGCAAAAUUUUACCACAAAAAUAGUGAACUUGAUGAAGUCAGAGGGUUUAUAUGCCUCACAAGGAGGUCCCAUCAUACUGUCACAGAUUGAGAAUGAAUAUCAAAACAUUGAACGUGCAUUCCUUGAAAAAGGGCCUUCUUAUGUUCGUUGGGCAGCUAAAAUGGCAGUUGAUCUCCAAACAGGAGUACCAUGGGUCAUGUGCAAGCAAACUGAUGCUCCUGAUCCAGUGAUUAAUACAUGCAAUGGGAUGAGAUGUGGAGAAACUUUUGGAGGACCCAACUCACCAAAUAAGCCAUCAUUGUGGAUAGAGAAUUGGACUUCUUAUUAUCAAGUAUACGGAGGGAAGACAUACAUAAGGUCUGCUGAAGACAUUGCAUUUCAAGUAGCACUUUUUAUUGCAAGAAAUGGAAGCUAUGUAAAUUAUUACAUGUACCAUGGUGGAACAAAUUUUGGGAGAACAAGCUCUGCAUAUAUCAUAACAGCUUAUUAUGAUCAGGCUCCUCUUGAUGAAUAUGGACUAUUAAGGCAGCCUAAGUGGGGACAUCUUAAGGAGUUGCAUGCUGCAAUUAAAUUGUGCUCUACAACUUUGCUGCAAGGAGCACGAACCAACUUUUCUUUAGGUCAACAACAAGAGGCCAUUGUUUUCCAAGAAGAAAAUGGAGGCUGUGCGGCAUUUCUUACUAACUAUGCUAAACAGAAUGUUACUGUACAAUUUCAAAAUAUACCACUUGAAUUGCUUCCGAAGUCGAUCAGUAUUCUAUCAGACUGUAAAAAUAUAACUUUCAAUUCAGCAAAGGUUAAUACGGUGUAUAAUGAAAGAAUCAUAAAAUCAACACAAACUUUUGAUUCAAUUAGUAGCUGGGAAGAAUUCAAAGAUGUCAUCAUGAAUUUCGAAGAUGCAUCAUUAAAAUCAAAUGAAUUACUUGAGCACACAAAUACAACCAAAGACAAAUCUGAUUAUCUUUGGUAUACUCUUAGGUUUGAACACACUUUGUCUUGCACUAAACCAGUACUUCAUGCUCAAUCUUUUGCGCAUGUUGCGCAUGCUUUUUUGAACGACAUAUAUAUAGGUGUUGCAAAUGGAAGUUCUAAUGUGAAGUACUUCAUGAUGGACAUUCCAAUUGAGUUAAAUGAUGGGAUGAAUAAUAUUUCUUUACUCAGCGUUAUGGUUGGGUUACCGGAUUCAGGAUCUUUCCUUGAAAGAAGAGUGACUGGCUUAACAACGGUGGCAAUUCAAUGCAACGGAAAUGAGUUUUAUAAUUUUACAAACUUUGAAUGGGGAUAUAAGGUUGGACUGCUAGGAGAAGAGUUGCGAAUAUAUAGAGAAGAAAACUUGGGAGAUGUAGAGUGGGGUAAAAAUGGAAUCUCCACCAAUCAAACACUUACUUGGUACAAGAUAAUUUUCGAUGCACCUUUGGGAAAUGACCCUGUAGCCUUUAACCUUAGUUCGAUGGGGAAAGGUGAAGCUUGGGUUAAUGGACAAAGCAUUGGUCGCUAUUGGAUUUCUUUUCAUGACUACCAAGGCAACCCAUCACAAAUAAUGUAUCAUGUGCCCCGAUCGUUCCUGAAAACUUCUGGAAAUCUUUUGGUUUUGCUUGAAGAAGCCGGUGGCAACCCUCUUCAAAUUUCCUUGAACACCGUGACAAUCAUCAACACAUAAGAACAUACAUCUUACAAUCACUUCCCUCAAUGAUUUCAUAGAGGAAAGAUAGAUAUAGAUAUUAUCAGGGAUUAAACGAAUUACAAGUCCCUUUUUACAAAGUGAUAAUAUCAUAGGCUAACAAAUCUUUGUCCUAAUAAUCUGGAAUUAGCAUUUUGAGUAGAAUUCAUGAUGUAAAUCCUUUCAAAUACUUUCAUUUAAACAAUAAGAAAAGGUCGAACAGU